CCCCUGGUUUUGGUUUUGGGUCCGUGCGCCGGAGUUCUGGAAACAGCUGGAAGUAUCUGGAUCUCACCUUUGCGGGGGACAGGUGGAGGCGGGGGUCAGUGACUUGGUGUGAGAGCUGACCCGUUGGAGAUGUCUGAAUGAUUGGAUUGGCAGUCACUUUCAGCUCUUUGGUGGACUGUUUAUUUUAGUAGUUGGCUUUAUUGAUCUGAAGAAAAUUCCUGAAGUGUAAUUUUUCAAAACCACCUUUGCACCGUGCGGCAUUUGUUGAAAAAAUGUUUGGGAGACUGACUCUUCCACAACUGCUUUUUGCUAGCUUCCUUGGAAUUGCUGGAGGAAUAUAUAUUUAUCAACCAAUAUUUGAACAGUAUUCCAGAGAUCAGAAGGAAUUAAAAGAAAAGUUGAAAUUGGCACAGGAAUCAAAAGAGAAGAAAAGUUAAUACUGCAUGGAGUUGAACUGUAAAGUAAUUGCUUAAAGUUCCAUUGAAGUUCUACAUUGACUACAAAUAGUGUAGUAAAAACUUCUCAAAUAUAUUUUAAACAUAAAUAAAUGAUAGAUGAUGAUUUUUAAAACUAGCACUGUCAAUCUUAAUGUUUACUGUACUUUUAUUUUCCAUUUUUCGUGUUUUCACCAGGAUAGAUUAGUAAUUUUCUUUUAAGCAAAAUGAAUGUCUUAAGGAAUAUUUUGUUUCCUAGUCAAGAUUUACGUUUUUAGGAAUGAGGCAUAUACAGUACCAUGGAAUGACAGUCUAGACUGGGAAUGGUGUUUAUAAUGGUGUUUGUAGAUGAAGUGAACCAAGUUAACCACCUCAGACAGAAUGCCCCUCAGUUAGCUUACAGUUCGCCUGGUUUAAUAUACUUCAGCACUCUUUUAACCCCAGCCCUUUCUCAUCCUAGGCAGAAUAGAGGAGUAAUUUGAGAAUUGGGGUGGCUCAGAUCAAAUGAGGUUUUAGAGAGGGUGUAUGGUGUUAUAUAAGGUGGCAAAUAUGACACAGAUCUGUUUAACUCACUAAGUAAAUUUGCAUUAAUGAUGGUAGUUAGAGGAGUUAAUUUGUUAUGAAGCUAUUAUUCAUAUAGUUAAAGGGUUUUUUUUUUAAAUUGCUAAGAACCGAUGCUACUUUUUAACCUAAUGAUCUUAAACUUGUAUUUUCAGUGAGAGCUACAAAUGUAAUCCUAUAUGUACAAAGUGCUUUUUUUAAACUAAACUCAUUUUUAAAAAAUAAACUCAUUUUUAUUAUUGCUUUC